AUGGCUUGCUCAUGUCCAGAUAUUUGUUUUGCAAUAGGAAUGGUUAGUCGAUAUAAGAUGAAUCCAGGUCUUAGGCAUUGGAAAGCUAUAAAGCAUAUAUUAAGGUAUUUUAUAAGAACUAGGGAUUAUAUGCUUGUGUAUUCUAGGAAGGACCUUACUCUUGUUGGAUACACAGACUCAGACUUCCAAACCUAUAAAGAUUUGAGGAAAUCGAUGUCGGGAAAUGUAUUUGUUCUAGGCCGUACAACAAUAGUAUGGAGAAAUGUAAAAGAAACUUGCACUGCUGACUCUACUAUGGAUGUUGAGUAUAUGGCUACUUCUGAGGCAAUAGAAGAAGCAAUAUGGGUACGAAAGUUCUUAACUGAACUUAAAGUUAUUCCUGGUAUGGAAAAAGCUAUAACAUUGUAUUGUGAUAAUAGUGCUGCAAUAGCUAAUACCAAUAAAAUGAGAAGUCAAAAGAGGACGAAACACAUUGAUCGGAAUUAUCACCUGAUAUGA